AUGGAUGGUGCUUCAGGUUCAGGGUUCGGCGGGGUGUGGCUUGUGGAUGGUUCGGAUGCGGCAUUUUCCUCCGAUAAGUUGAGGUACUUUUGCCAACUCUCAGAGGCGGAUCCUAAAGCCGACCCAGAAGAAUUCAUCCAAUUUAUGAGAGCGGAUUCGCUACCGAAGAAGACCCCAAGAGAGAAAGAAUCACCAAGGCGAGACUCCCAGGGCAGCCCAUCUUUCUCAAAAAGGAAGAGAGGUCACUGCUUCUACGACGAUAGGCGUAAAGGCAUGAUUAGUUCCACAAAUCUCACUGCACUGACCAUAGUAAACUCCUUCUCGUUGUACCGAGAUGGAGUGGAAAGGGAUGCUAGCCGGCUUUGGUGA